AUGAAAAUCAUGAAUAACAACAUGGAGCGAGUGGUGGAAAAUGGUGAGCUAAUGAUAAGGUUUCUGGCGCAAUUUCAGAACUUUGAAACGGAGAAUUACCAGUUACAAUUCCAAAAUCAACAGCUCAGCGACGAGAAUCUACUGUUACGUAAUGUAUUACAAGGUAUUCAACAACAGCUAUUCGCAGCGGAGGCUACCAUUACGCAACUGCAACAUGGAAAACAACAUAAGGAAUUAACGGUAUCUACAAAAUCAUCGUCAUGUUUAAGCCCUAACAAUUCACCCGAUCCUUUAGCCGAAGAAUCAAAACAGCGACCAUCGAUUACCGCUAUUUCAUUGGAAAGAAUUCAAAAACAGGUACUCAAAUAUGUAUCAGAAGAUCGCCACGAAAUGGCCAUGCUUCUAUGCACGGAGGCUGUGGAUGAACUGGAGUGGGCUUGUGGGCAUGAUCAUCCUGAUGUUGCGACCAUAUUGAACACUCUAGCGCAACUCUACCGCGAUCAGUGCAACUACAAGGAGGCAAGACGUCUACUAAACGACGUUCUAGCGAUCAGAGAAAAAACUCUCGGAGUUCAUCCUGAUGUCGUCGCAACUUUGCACCAUCUCACUGUGUUGUACGAAAACUGUGGCAAUUCCCAGGAAGCAGAGAUAUUCUGUUCGAAAGCCUUGGAUACUCAAGUUCGUUUAGUGGGUAAAAGUCAUCCGGACGUAGCCAAGAACUUUCGAGACUUGGCAUUGCUAUGCCAAAAUCAACUGAAAUUUGAUAAGGCAAACUUUUACUACGAACAAGCGUUGCAGAUUUACGAAACAGUUUUAGGACCAGAUGACCCAAAUGCGGCCGCUACCAGGGACAAUUUUGCUAUAUUUUACGUAACCCAAGGCAAGUUCAAAGAAGCAGAGAUACUGUACAAAACCGUGUUGACGUGGGUACAUGAGCUAAAAUUCGGUCCUAUCGCCGACGACAACAAGACAAUAUGGCAGAUGGCAGAGCAGCGCGAGGUCGACAAGGGUAUAAGUCGUGACAACACCCCAUACAAUCUUUACGGAAGCUGGCACAGGAUUGACGUGGUAAACACAUCCACGGUUCAGGAGACGUUGAUAAAACUUGGUACCUUGUACCGUAAUCAAGGGAAACAUGCGGCCGCCAGCACAUUAGAGAAGCGAUCGACGAUCGUCGAUCGGCCGGCUGAGUCUCGAUCCCUGAAUGAAUGGAAAUGUUAUAAAGCGCACGACGAUGACGACGACGCAGUCGUUUCGUUUCGUACCGGCAAUAAUCAGGAGCCUCACCGACCGAGCGAACGACGAUCGGGACGAUCGUACCCGGGCGGCGAGCAGCGGCGUUUGCCGGUCGUGUGGUGCGCCACGCGAUCGCUUCGUUCGCCGGCUGUGGGCCGUUCAGGUUCGGCGCUCACUCGGCUCAACAUCGGCGCGGGAUGCGCGCGCGACUCCGACCGAACGGGCGCGCUCUUAUUUUCGGGCUAUGCUGCUGUGAACUGCUGA